ACCAGUCCUCCCUUUAAAUUUCCUCCAGGCCUCGAGCUUUCGGGCAACCAAGAGACAAACACACAUUCAUUCAACGAUUACCCUGAUUCAUCCCACAAUUUUCAGAAAUGCUGACAUUCAGCGUCCUCGUCCUUGUAGUCCUAGGAUAUGCUGAUGCAUCACCCUCUAAAAGGCAUCUUAGCACAAGUUGUGACCUGUCCUGUGCAAGACUCCAAGUGCCUGCUAAUCAGACGCAGCUCAUUGCGCCCACAUACGCACCGAGCUUCAUUGGUAUUGGUGUUGGUACUCAAAACUACACUUGUAAUGCCACCGAAUCCACAUACGCACUUGUCGGGGCUCUCGCAGAAAUUUUCGAUAGCUCAUGUUUAUACGGUACCCCUGCUUUCGAGAGCGCUCCAACCAGGGUUUAUGAUGUGUGGUCUGCCACUACUGGUAUAAAAAUUCGGGAGGUCAUCACCAUCCUGGGGCUCACCCACGAUCCCGCCGUGCUUGGACAACACUAUUAUGUUCCAAACCCUGUGGGGUCCGGCUUGUCUCCAAAAUGGGACUUCACAUCAUCUGGGGUGACAGCUGGAAAUCCGAAUGCCUACGUCACUGGUGCUAAAAUUGGCGACCUACCUAGCUCGAACUCGAGUAACAUUGAUAACUUGAUGGUCAAAGCUGUUGAGGGAGAAUUAGCUAGCGAGGUUUUCAGGGUGGAGACCAACGGAGGUCAGCCGCCCACACGGUGUGUGGCAGGAGACUCGAACAUUACUGUCAAAUACACUGCUCAAUAUUGGUUCUUCUAAUGAAAACAUUUUAGAACGUAACCUUGGACUAUCUAUCCUACGUCGAUAGAACCCCGCUCGUACUGCCGUCUAUUUCCAUUUUAUAUAACAUACUCUUUUGUCGUCUCAAAAAGCCUUCAAAAUCAAACCACAAGCAAGGUAAACGGAGGUAGAUGGUCCAAUCGGGUUUUUGGCGGAUGCGAUGAUAUAUCUCGUGGUGAAACCCCCCGAAAAUGCUGCCUCGUUCGAGAACCUCGGUCUCCUGUUUAUGUAAACCUUUCACUUGGUUGACUC